CUCCCGCUGCUGCCGGCUCCCUCCGGCCCCGCGGUGCGGUGCGCGCGUGCGCUGGCCCUCGCCUCGGAGCAGCCAUGAUGGAAGGCCUGGACGACGGCCCCGACUUCCUCUCGGAGGAGGACCGCGGACUUAAAGCAAUAAAUGUAGAUCUUCAGAGUGAUGCUGCUCUGCAAGUGGACAUUUCUGAUGCUCUUAGUGAAAGAGAUAAAGUAAAAUUCACUGUUCACACAAAGAGUUCAUUGCCAAAUUUUAAACAAAAUGAGUUUUCUGUUGUUCGACAACAUGAGGAAUUUAUCUGGCUUCAUGAUUCCUUCAUUGAAAAUGAAGACUAUGCGGGUUACAUUAUCCCACCAGCACCACCAAGACCUGAUUUUGAUGCUUCAAGGGAAAAACUUCAGAAGCUGGGAGAAGGAGAAGGGUCCAUGACAAAGGAAGAGUUCACAAAGAUGAAACAGGAACUGGAAGCUGAGUAUUUGGCAAUAUUCAAGAAGACUGUUGCAAUGCAUGAAGUGUUCCUAUGUCGUGUGGCAGCACAUCCUAUUUUGAGAAAAGAUUUAAAUUUUCAUGUCUUCUUGGAAUAUAAUCAAGAUCUGAGUGUGAGAGGAAAAAAUAAAAAAGAGAAACUUGAAGAUUUCUUUAAAAACAUGGUAAAAUCAGCAGAUGGAGUAAUUGUUUCAGGAGUAAAGGAUGUAGAUGAUUUCUUUGAGCAUGAACGAACAUUCCUUUUAGAAUAUCAUAACCGAGUUAAGGAUGCAUCUGCUAAAUCUGAUAGGAUGACAAGAUCCCACAAAAGUGCUGCAGAUGAUUACAAUAGAAUUGGUUCUUCAUUAUAUGCUUUAGGAACUCAGGAUUCUACAGAUAUAUGCAAGUUUUUUCUCAAAGUUUCAGAACUGUUUGAUAAAACAAGAAAAAUAGAAGCACGAGUGUCUGCUGAUGAAGACCUCAAACUUUCCGACCUUUUAAAAUAUUACUUAAGGGAAUCUCAAGCUGCUAAGGAUCUCCUCUAUCGAAGAUCUAGGUCACUAGUGGAUUAUGAAAAUGCUAAUAAAGCACUGGAUAAAGCAAGAGCAAAAAAUAAAGAUGUUCUGCAGGCUGAAACCUCCCAACAAUUAUGUUGUCAGAAAUUUGAAAAAAUAUCUGAAUCUGCAAAACAAGAACUUAUAGAUUUUAAGACAAGAAGAGUUGCUGCAUUCAGAAAAAAUUUAGUGGAACUGGCAGAGUUAGAACUGAAGCAUGCAAAGGGUAACCUACAGUUGCUGCAGAACUGCUUGGCAGUGUUAAAUGGAGACACAUAAGCCACACUCCACCUUCGGUUAAAAAGGGCUGCCUUCCUUCAGAUUUUAUUUUUGUUUUCUUAAUGAUAUUAAGCAUUUACUGCUCACUGGGAACAAAAGAAACAGCUGACAAAGUGCAUCUACUCUCUUUUUUUCUGAGAAACCACGGAGCGGUGCCGUCCAUGGGCUCUGCCAGUGUGUGCGGUGGGACGCCGCACCCCUGCACCUGUGUGCUCCCUGCGACAGCUGUCCCUCACCGUGCGCGCCUCCUCUCCCGAAGCCCAAAGUUCAGUCUUGUUUUAAGUAGCCUCUGUAACUGUGUUUAUUUUAUGAAUAGUAUUCCUUAUGGCUGCCAGUCUUUCUUACUUUUAAGUACUUUCUGAAGUUUAACCCUUUUAAAAUUACAUUGCUCAAACGAGAUAAAGAUUGCCAUUACCUUUUUUUGAAUUUUGUUUUUAAAAAACAUUGUAUACCACCUUAGCUCAUUCAUGUAUCCUGGUAAAGCAUCUUAAUCAGACUUAUUUUUAAUUAAUGAACAUUUCUUAGAAGUUUGGGGACAGAUUUUAUGUAAUCCUUUAUAAGUAUGAUUUCUGAUGAAAAGCAAAUGCAUUAGUAUGUUUGCCUUAAACUUGUAGACUAAACCAACUAUUAUCAAAUAAACAGUGAUAACAGUGAUAGUUUUUAACUCUGUGGUCAUUGUAUCACUCUAAAAUUUGGAGUAGCUAUAAUAAAUCUACUCCUUUAUUAUGCUUUACAGUGUAGGUCUUCGUUUUUCGUUUUUCUUUUUUUAAACAGCAUAUUGAACCAAGUUCACCAGUCCCUUUACAAAAGAAUGAACUGCUUCUCUGUGUGCGUUUAGCCUUUCAUAGAAGCUGGACCUGGGCAGAGGCAGGUUAGAAGCAGACAUUUCUAAAAUACAGGAGCAGACCGAAUGGUCUAUUACAGUUUCCUGACGUCCAUCUCUAGCUCAGCCAGUGAACCAUGGAUGUGCCAAUGAGCCCACUGAUUGUUACGCUGGUGUAUAAGUUGGUGUGUGGAGAGAAAGAGUGCUGUAGAGAACAGCAUUUGUUGGUGGGGGAGAAAUUGGAAUUUUUGAAAUAAAGUGGGUACAAAAGA